ACAUUGACUUAUCGUCAAAGGAAGUGGUAAAAAUAACAACAUUUCAUGUCUCAAGAAUUUGUUGUUAUCGUAGAGUUAUAUAGUAAUAUAUAGGGGUUGUUAUUCAUCGGGAUAAAUAUAUACGAUUUGUUUCGAACAUAAGCAUCAGUUUAAAAGGAAACGGAGUGAAUAAAAGCCGUGCACAAUGGGCGCACCAAGCGACUGGCAAUUAGAAUGUACAGAAUUGAAGCAAAGAGGAGCAUAUUUGCUUCAAACUGGUCAGUGGUCGGAUUGUACCUUCCUGGUGGGCAGUGAGCCCAACCAGGAAGUGAUUGCUGGCCACAAGCUUAUUUUAGCAAUGGCCUCGCCCGUAUUUGAAGCUAUGUUUUAUGGGGGCAUGCCAGAAAGGAAUGAUCCCAUACCCAUUUUAGAUGUUCAAAUUGAUGCGUUCAAGGAUCUAUUGGAAUACAUAUACACAGGAAACAUAAAUUUAUGUUCAUUCGAUAAAGCAUGUGAGCUAUGUUAUGGUGCAAAAAAGUACAUGCUGCCACAUUUGGUGAAGGAAUGCACACGGUACUUAUGGUCAGAUUUGUAUCCCAGAAAUGCAUGCAGGGCUUAUGAGUUUGCCCGACUGUUUGAUGAAAAUGUUCUUAUGGAAAAGUGUUUACAGAUAAUCAGUACCAACACAAAAGAGGUGUUAAACGACAGUAGUUUUGAAGAAGUCGAGCUGAAUACAGUAAUAACAGUGUUCUCUUUGGAUCAUCUUAAUAUCGAUUCCGAAAUGGAUCUCUUCAAUGCUGCUGUGAGGUAUUCAAAAGCGAUGGAACAGAAGAAAAAUUCAGAAAGAAGUGCAAGCCCAUCAAACGAAGGCCCGUCCAAUGAGAGAGUUGAGAGUCCUGGACCUUCCACAUCUAAAGAUACUUCUCAGGUCGUUAAUGUGGAGAGCAGUGCGGAAAACAGCCCAGCCGCAGCGGCGGAGGCUUGCCGCUCUUGUGACGCUGAUCAGACCACGCCUGCACCGGACAAUAAGAAACCUAAGACUCGACCACCAGACAACAAGCCGACCCUCAGGAGUGCGAUAAAAAAGAUCCGGUUCCUCACCCUUACCGCUCAGCAAUUCGCAGAGGGACCAGCUCGGUCCUCCUUGCUCACGGAGUCCGAAGCCUUCACCGUUCUGAUGAAUAUCCUCUCCAGCAACUCGGAUGUGCCCAUGCCCACUGGGUUCUCCACGUGCAGGACGCCAAGAAAGCAGCUUAUCGGAUGCGGACCUUCUUGUAACAUGACGACGUUCGUGGUGGACACGCCGAGCCCGGUGGCGGUGGAGCAGGUGUGGGGCGAGGGCAGCCGCGCGCCGCCCGCCAGCCUGCCGCCCUACCCGCGCCCCACCCGCCACGAGAACCUGUGGCCAGUGCUGGGCAUGGUGCUGGACCACACGGAGCGGCACGGCGGCGACCUGCACAAGAUCUACUGCCGCCGCGCCGUGCUGCAGCAGACCGACUGCCUCAACACCAGCGUGCUGGACUGCUCCGUCACCUUCAUGGUGGACAAGAACAUCUGCUUGCUGGGGGUGCAGGUGCCGACGCAGGCGCCGAGCGAGGAGAACGCGGGCACGGGCGGCAGCGCGGGCGGCUACUCGGAGCUGCUGUACGCGCACCUGCUGGACGCGGACGGCGCGCGGCUCACCUACACGCACUACACCAGCCGCGUGCCCUACCGCCACCUGCUCGACAUCCUCUUCAACCGCCCCGUCUACAUCCAGCGCAACAAGGUGUACAAAGUGGGGAUAGUGUUCAAUAAAGUGGGCUGGUACCCAAUGGGCACGUGCACGCAGCAAGUGGCGGCUGAGUCGGUUUUCUUCAACUUCGGUAUCGGGCAGAGCAUUGAUUCUGUCCGGGAUGGGCUCAUACGGUCCAUCAUAUUCACCUACUAGAAGGAUUGUGACUUCCAGAACAAAUAGAACAUAAAGAAAAAAAAGUCCACUUUUGGGUAAGGCUUACCCAAAAGUGGACUCUCGGAUAGGCGAGAUUGCUGAUAUGAACAAGUAAUAAAAUAACUGGUCAGCAGAAAAAUUUUAGAAAAUACAUAUGAAUU